AUGGCAGUAACAGUUCCAUAUGUUAAUUCAGUUAUACGAUAUGACAGAAACAGCAAGAAUUAUAUGGCAGUAAUAACGAAAGAUUUUUUCAUUGUGGUUCAAAACAUUGGUUGUUCUGAAAAUAGUUUAAGAUGUGUGGUACCAGCUGGUACCAAGGCUAAAUUAAUAAUUCCCUUAGUGCUACCAAUAUUAACUAUUACUAAAACUGUUUAUAAAAAUGGUUCUAAAACUGCUGCUAAAACUGGUGCUAAAAAUAGUUCUAAAACUGGUGGUAAAACUGCUACUAAAAAUGGUUAUAAAACUGGUGCUGUAACUGCUGCUAAAAAUGGUUAUAAAACUUGUGCUAUAACUGCAUCUAAAAAUGGUUCUAAAACUGCUUCUACAAAUGGAUCUAAAACUGGUACUAAAACUCCUUCUAAAAAUGGUUCUAAACCUGGUACUAAAGUGGAUGCUAAAAAUAUUACUAAAAUUGGUGCUAAAACUGCUUCUAAAAAUGGUUCUAAACCAGGUGCGAAAGCUGAUGCUAAAAAUAGUUUUAAAACUGGUGCUAAAAAUGUUUCUAAACCUGGUGCUAAAACUGUUUAUAAAAAUAAUUCUAAAACUUGUGCUAAAACUGCUGAUAAAAAUGGUUCUAAAACUGGUGCUAAACAUACUUCUAAAUGUGUUUCUAAAAAUGUUUCUAAAAAUUGUUCUAAAAUUGGUGCUAAAGCUGGUGCUAAAAGUGGUUCAAAAACUGAAGCUAAAACUGCUGCUCAAAAUAGUUGCAAAACUGAUUCUAAUACUGUUUAUAAAAAUGGUUCUAAAACUGAUGAUUCGUUUUUGAGUUAUCCUGUCACCCACCAACACGAAGGACGCGUUUCGGCAGCGAUUUUAGGAGCCGCCAUUUUGAAAAAAUAA